AUGGAUCAAAGUGAUGAGAACAAAAUUAAAAUCAAAAUUGAAUUAUGUCCUAUGGAAGUAACUCCAACGGUCCAAGUUGUUGCAACAUCUACAAUUUUAAAUAAUAUAGAAUUAGAACUUCAAGAAAACCUAUCAAAUCAAGAAGAUCCAACAACAAGUUAUAAAUGCAUAUAUUAA